AUGCUUCUCUUGGACUAUCAAAACGUUCUGAUCCAAUCCCUCCUAACGGAGCGUGCUCCCCCGGCGUCGAUUGACCAAGUGGUCUCCGACUUUGACGGAGUGACCUUCCACCUCUCGACCCCCGAGUCUAAGACCAAGAUCCUUAUUUCCAUCCAUGUCAAGUGUUACAAGGAGCUUGUUCAGUAUGGCGCCCAACAGGUGCUGGAGCGGGAAUACGGCCCCUACAUCGUGACCCCGGAGCCCGGGUAUGAUUUCUCAGUACAAGUCGACCUGGAGAACCUCCCUGCCGAGGAAGAAGCCCGGGAGGAGUUGAUCAUGAAGCUCGCCCUGAUGAAGCGCAACGCCAUGGCUGCUCCCUUUGAGCGGGCGUUCGAUGAGUUCACCAAACUCGCGGAGGAGGCGUCGCAAUACACAUCAGAGUCGGCUCCACAAGGUGUCAAAGAAGGUGGAGAUGUUAUGGCGAUUCACUAUCGCGAGGAAGAGGCUAUCUAUAUCAAGGCUAGUUGGGAUCGCGUUACGGUGAUCUUUAGCACUGUUUUCCGCGAAGAGACAGACCGAAUCUUCGGCAAGGUCUUCCUGCAGGAAUUCGUUGACGCCCGACGCCGUGUGGUGACCCUACAGAAUGCGCCCCAGGUGCUUUUCCGCAGUGACCCGCCACUUGAGUUGGAAGGUGUUCCUGGGUUGAAGAACACUGGCGAGGGCGAGAUUAGCUACGUCACUUUCGGUAUGGCCUUUCACCUGAACACCCCGGCACAUCGCCUGCGAUAG